AUGCCUACCACGAUCCCUUACUCGCAACUAAAUCCAGCGCCUUGGAAGCACCCUUCAGAGCUUGCCAUGGUUCGUGAUUGGUUUUAUCCAGAGCACAUUUCUCGCAACUUCUUCGAUCUUGCGGCCUCAUCACACAUUGAUCGACGUCAGGACGCUAUCAACCUCGUAUCUCUUUGGCGAUUUCAUGAGCCAAAGCUCAACCAUGCCUUGAUAUCUACAGCGAACCUCACCGAUGCAAUCCUACAUGACCAACCCAGCAAACGAGACAAUCUCUCUGGUAUAGCUUUGCGCAGCAUCUACGCCAUGGCUUUCUGUCGCUUCGUCAAUGCGCUUGUGGAUAGAGACGUUAGAAAGAGCACCACCACCACCAUUGCUAAAGACAAUGUCGCUGCGGACGCGGAUGCAGGGUCUGGUCCUCAUCGAGGACAGAGCAGCAUGUACGCUCACGCUCUAGAGCUGGGGCUCCCAGAGACCUUUGUGGAAUUGAGACAUCAAGCCAUACACGAGGAAAUGCCAAGCCUAGAGGUGCUGAGGAUGAGGACAGGAGAGGCGCUGGAGUGGUUGUGGCAGAGGUGGUGGAAGUUCAAUGUAAAGGGCAGUGCUCAGCCAGCAUUGAGCGAGUGGGAGGAGAGGCAUAAGGAAUGGCAGAGCGCGGCUGAAGAAGAGGGCGGACAGAAUCAGUUGGGGCUCUGCCAACGGUGUCGAAAAAGAAAGCAUUCUGACCUGAGUGGCAACAAGGAAAUCGAAACGAACGCUGGUCCAGGGGCAGAACAUGACUAUCACAGCCUCCAGCGACCGAAGCAGCAGAACUUGGACAAAGAAAAAGGAAGCCACGAUUCGUCGAGUCCAGAAUGGCAAGGAUGGGUGAUGCACUUCUCUAAAGGAUCUGGAGGACUUUCUCGGCUAAAGGAAGCCCCAGAAUACCGUCAAGACAAACGAGACAGCCUGCCAGCUUCAUCAAAAGAAGCACUUGCGAAGUUGGAGUACGACGCUAGGUCGAAUUCCAAGACCUGA